AUGACGUCAUUCUGAUACAAAAUAAAACAUUAUAUGACAUUGAAUUGUGGGAAAGAAGAAUUUUCUCAAUAUGUAAUUUCGUUUAGAAAAAUAAUUUUGAUGGGAUUGAAGGGGUUAUAUCAAGGUCAGUUGAUUCAUCAUCGUACUCGUUCUCUAACCUCUAAUAACGAAUACUUUGUUGUAAACAAUAAGGAGAUUGCAUGUAUAUUUCUUCUUUUGCAGGCAAAUAUUCAGUGUACUAAUAGAAUUAUUAUGCAUCCAAAGUUAAUUAAAAUAUAUAGGCCAUUGCAAAUAUACAAUAUGAGAACAGUUUCUCAAAUUAUUGCAAAAUCUUGCCCAUUUAUUACUCUAGUUUAUAGUUUAAUCGUUGUUGUUCUCACUACAUUUAUUAAUGGAAGAAUCACUCCAGUUUUUGUGUUCUUUUGUAUUCAAGUAUACUUAAAUUGGUAUUCAGUGUACAAUAUCAGUCGAAAGGUAACGACUAUGGAAGUUAGAACAAUAGGAAAAAAGACGAUACACAAUAAAGUAGCAAAUACUAUAGAAUAUAGGUGGUACUGUGAGAAGUGCAUCAAAUAUACAUACAAACCAACGCAACAUUGUAUUUUUUGUCGAAAGUGUUUUCAUUUUCGAGAUCAUCACUGUUCUUUCUUAGGUGCCUGUAUAUUACGACAAAAUAUUGGAAACUUUAUCUUAUUCUGUUUUUACGCAUCCUUGACUUGCAUUUAUUCAUUAUGCACACUUGGGCCAUAUUUAUAUGAAAAUAUCAAUCGUUUAAUAAGAACUGAUACAGACUCUUUUAAUAUAUUUUUAAACUUUUGUGUUCCUAUUGCUUUGAUUAAAUUAUUAUAUUCCAAAGAAAAUAGUUACAUAUUACUGAUAACAAUGUUUGAUAUAUUAGUUUCCAUUUUAUGUAUUUGCUUGGUAUAUGCAACAUGGAAAUUGCAUAGUUGCAUGAAUGGUAAACAACGAUAUUCAAACAUGUCAGGAAAACAAAAUCUAAAGGAAAUUUUUGGUAGUUAUGGUUUUUCAAACAUUAUUUUCCCAUACAAUGGUCUCAUAGGAAUUAGAGAUCUAAACGGAAAAUAUGAACUUAAACAAGUAUAACCAUAUUGUUAGAGCUUGAAUACAUAUUGAAUUAUGAAAGCAUUGAAAAACUUUUACCAUGAGAUAAUAAGCAUCAAUUAUAACAUUUUUUUUUACCAGUAUGUAUGUAUAUGAAAGUAAAUGUACGCUUUUUAAUUAUUGUAAGUUGUACUGUAUUGUAAUAAAUAUCACACAGACUUUAUACAUUUACACAAUUGAAAUCAUACUGUACUGCACUCAUCGCAGAAGUGUUUUGGAAAUCAUAAAGAAAAUUCUUGUACAACGAAGUAACUUUUUUGUUCUUAUAAUCAUAUUUAUAAUAAACGUCCUAUUAAAGGCAUACUCGGUCAUAAUAUUAUUUGGCUUGUAUAUAGAUCAUAGGAAUAAUAAAUAACAGUAAAUUUUUUGUUCCCUAAAUUGAGUCUUACAAAUUAUAGAAUAAUGGAAGAAUAACUUGUCUAGUAGUUUUUCAUCUAUCGAAUCAAUUUAAAUAUUUUAUAGAAAAAUCCUUGCUUGCAGAAAUGUAGAACAAUCAGAUAAUGAUUUGCAAUUAAAAUUAAGAAGUUAUUGAUAUGAAUUUCUAUUCUUUACAGUAUAUAACAAAAUCAUUUGGAAUAUUAUUUAUCAUAAAAAAUUGUAUAUCUAAGGAAAUAUAUUUUAUAAUUCUGUAUGCGUGUAAUGUUGGGCUUUGAAGUCAUUAGGAUGAAUGAAUACUCCUUCUGUUGCUAACCACUGAAGAUGGGGAUCGUACGUUGUAAAAUAUUCACCCACUACUUCAUUCUGACCAUUGAUGAGAAUAUUAUAAACUUUUUCAGUUACUGCUAAAUACCUGUAAAAUAUAGGAUAUUUUAAGUAUGCACAGAAACAUUGUAGAAAUGUUUCGAUAUUAUCAUUUGAACUUACACAUUUGUAUCUACAUGUUUUAAUGUGACAGGCUCAUCUCUCAUCCAAAAUUCAUUGUGGCACAUUAAGAGCCAAUUGUCUCCAUUAUCUCCUUCUCCUUUGCUAUCCCCAUAAGCGGAUAUUUCUUGCUUACCACUAAGGGGUGAGAGGACCCGGUGAGAAUGAAGAUUCUUUUUGGUUGCUACGUGUUCUAGUCUUAUGGUAUCUCCACAUUUGAUAGGCUCGCUGUUACAAAUGAAUUAUAUGAAAUGAAAUGUAAAAUAGUCAUAUAUCUUAAUAUGUUCACAUACCCUCUAGUGCAUUGUUUCUUGGUUCCACCUUUAACAAGCCAAUACGAGUUUCCAUCCUCUUUUGUUGCUGUAC